AUGGCUCGACACCCGGUCGCUGUUAUCACACUGUUAUUGUGUCUCAUUAUCACGAACACCGUGUUAUCAAACAAGAAUCGCAACGUUCUUAUACUCCUAGCUGACGAUGGAGGUUUUGAAAUCGGAGCGUACAGAAACAAGAUUUGCCAAACUCCGAACAUCGACGAGUUCGCGAAGCGCAGCCUCAUCUUCAACAAUGCCUUCAGUUCCGUCAGUAGUUGCUCUCCGAGUCGCGCGGCUCUGCUGACCGGCACCCCGAGUCAUCAGAACGGCAUGUACGGGCUCCAUCACGGCGUCCAUCACUUCAACUCCUUCGACAACGUCACCAGCUUACCGAACAUACUGCGCGAGCAUGGAGUUUACACUGGUGAUGAAUGUUACUCAACGAUCACCUCUGACUCGGUCAGGGUUGGUAUAAUCGGUAAGAAGCACGUGGGCCCGGGCAGCGUGUACAAGUUCGACAUGGAGUGGACGGAGGAGGGCCACAGCAUCAACCAGGUCGGGAGGAACAUCACGCACAUGAAGCUGCUGGCGAGGAAGUUCCUGCGAGAGGCGAACAGACUGAACAAACCGUUCCUGCUGUACGUCGGGUUCCACGACCCUCACCGCUGCGGUCGCGAGGCUGCUCAGUACGGGCCCUUCUGUGAGAGGUUCGGCUCCUCGGAGGAGGGCAUGGGGGUCAUCCCGGACUGGACGCCCUGGUACUACCAGUGGGACGAGGUGCAGCUGCCGUAUCAUGUGCAGGACACCGAGGCGGCCCGGAGAGAUAUCGCGGCGCAGUACACCACUAUGUCCAGACUAGAUCAAGGUGUGGGUCUGAUGCUGAAGGAGCUGCAGGCGGCGGGCCACGGCCAGGACACGCUGGUCAUAUACACGUCCGACAACGGCAUCCCCUUCCCCUCGGGCCGGACCAACUUCUACGACCCCGGCCUGAGGGAGCCUCUCAUCAUACACUCGCCCGACCCUGGGGCUCGCAGGCACGAGACCUCCGGCGCCCUGGUCAGUCUGCUGGACCUCGCGCCCACGGUACUCGACUGGUUCGGGGUCCGCACACCGAGACACAAGGAGGAUCUGUGGCGCAGAGACCGGCCUAGGAGUCUACUGCCCAUACUGAAUAAAGAGCCGCCGCCGAGUGAGGACGAGGCCGUGUUCUCGUCCCAGACGCACCACGAGAUCACCAUGUACUACCCCAUGCGGGCGGUCCGCACCCGCCGCUACAAGCUCAUCCACAACCUCAACUUCGGCAUGCCCUUCCCCAUCGACCAGGACCUGUACGUGUCGCCGACCUUCCAGGAUAUAUUGAACCGCACGCGGAGCAAGCAGCCUCUACCGUGGUACAAGACACUGAAGGACUACUACUACCGACCGCAGUGGGAGAUGUACGACCUCAAGAACGACCCCGCGGAGACACACAACCUGCACGGUAAGCCGUCUCUGUCCGAGGUGGAGUCUUCUCUCCGGGAGCGGCUUCACUCGUGGCAGGUCGCUAGCUCCGACCCCUGGCUGUGCUCGCCGGCCGCAGUCCGCGACCCGCGCCCCGGGACGCACGCCGCCGCCUGUGACGCGCUCGACAACGGCCUCACGCACUACAUGCACACCUAG